GCAAUUGUUUAGUGGAAAAUGGCGGCGCCCAUGGGUGAAGUGGAAGUGGUCCCGAAUAAAAAGCAAAAUGUUCGAGGACCGCGGCGUGUAGCCAAUCAGAUUCCGGAUGAGAUCCUGACAGAUCCAGACCUUCAAGAGGCUAUACGCGCUCUACCUGCCAACUAUAACUUCGAGAUCCACAAAACAAUUUGGCGAAUUAGACAGGCUAAAGCCAAAAGAGUGGCCUUACAGCUGCCGGAGGGACUGCAGAUGUUUGCCUGUGUGAUCGCUGACAUCAUUGAGAGGUUCACGGAGGCUGACACACUCGUCAUGGGAGACGUUACGUACGGGGCCUGCUGUGUGGACGAUUUCACUGCCAGAGCCUUGGGAGCGGACUUCAUGGUCCACUAUGGACACAGCUGCCUCAUCCCUAUUGACUCCACGGCUGGGAUCAAGAUGCUUUAUGUUUUUGUGGACAUUCAGAUUGACAUCCCUCACUUCCUGGACACACUUCGCUUCAACUUCCCCCCUGGCCGAUCCCUCGCUCUCGUCAGCACCAUCCAGUUUGUGGCUGCACUGCAGGCAGCCAGUUCUGCGCUGAAGCCCGAUUAUGAGGUGCUGGUGCCCCAGUGUCGGCCCCUCUCCCCGGGAGAGAUUCUGGGCUGUACCUCACCCCGGCUAGAGAAGCACGUCGACGCAAUCAUUUAUCUUGGAGAUGGAAGAUUUCACCUGGAAUCCAUUAUGAUUGCUAAUCCAGACAUACCGGCUUACAGGUAUGAUCCGUACAGUAAAGUCUUCUCCAGGGAAUACUACGACCACGAGGCCAUGAGGGCCAACAGACGGCAGGCCAUAGAGAAGGCUCGUUCAGCCCAGCACUGGGGCCUCAUCCUGGGGACACUGGGCCGGCAGGGCAGCCCCAAAAUCCUGGAGCACCUGGAGUCCAGGCUGGAGUCUCUGGGCAGGUCCUUCAGUCGAGUCCUGUUGUCUGAGAUAUUCCCCAGUAAGCUGGCCCUGAUGACAGACGUGGACGUGUGGGUGCAGAUUGCUUGUCCACGGCUGUCCAUCGAUUGGGGUACUGCCUUCUCCAAACCCCUGCUGACUCCAUACGAAGCUGCUGUAGCAUUGCAGCAGGUUGAUUGGCAGGAUGUAUAUCCAAUGGACUUUUACUCCAAUAAGAGCCUUGGGCCUUGGACCCCUAAUCACCCGGACAACCAGCCAGCAAGGCCCGCCCGCAAACACACACAGAAGGCUGCUGCCAACUCAGUUGCUGCCUCUCAAGGCUGUGGACGUGAGCAGUGUGCCCCCUGUGGUUGCCAGGGAGAAUGACAUGCAAUGCCGGCUUGGCAGCCAACCAGAGCUUAUCAGCUCCAUCUGCAGGAGACAUGUCAGCCAAUCAAAGCAGGGCACCCAGUUUUGUCGUCCGACAUUUCAUGGUUCUUUUGUUAUCAAAGCUGUCCCUGGAUCUUAGCAUACAGUCAACCACAGUGCAUCAAUUACUGUCAUUGUACAAGAAGAAGAUAAAAUGUCACACAGUAGCUGCUCUGUAGGCCUGUUUAUGUGU